ACUUUUAUAUGUAAGAAGUGUAGGAAGGCGUUUCGGAAGAAUACGAAGGAUUGGGAUGAGAGUGACGAAUACUGUCCCAAUUGCGAUAAUCACUUUGUGAUUGAUGCGCUUACUCCCAAGGCCGCCCUGAAGGUUGAAGGCGAGGACGCAAGGGUGGAUUCAAGAAUGCUCAAAGACGAUCGCAUCAAACAGGACGAGCAGCAGACGAUAUUCGACAUCAAGGGCGGCACGGAGAGGCUGGUUUGA